AAUGAGACAGUUCCGUGCCUUCUGCGGAAAAACACCCAAGACCAAAAGAAACAGAAGUGGGGGUUUGUGGAACCGUCGAGGCGACUUUCUAUGAGCAAUCUUUUGAUUUCCUCCAGGCUCAGGUUGAAUAUAUGUAGAGUGCUGUGUUUCAGUUGGCCUGAUGACACCCACUAUCCCUCCAUCUGAAUAACGUUAGCGCCCAAAGGAGGUAAAAUCUGCCUGUAACGUGACACACGGUAAGGCCAUGUGAGGCGGAGCCAUGGAAGGCCAAAAUGCAAAACACUCUCCAACCCAGACGAAUGACAGAGAUAGAGGAAGUCAUACAAAUAUAAAAAGCUGAUAGCUGAUCCAAUGUUAAUGAGUUCAACAGCUCUGACAUGGUACAUAACUGUGGAGUACAAAGGUGGAAAGGAGCUGGUGCAACGGUCACAUAUGUAAAGGGAAAUGAGGAAAUAAAAAGUGCACAUUCUUUAGAUCACAUUGCUGAAAAAGUAGGCGUGCCCAAUCUGUGUUUAUGUCACAGGCUUAAGUGAGUCAAAUGACAGCACUACAUGGAGUGACCACAACCGCAGCUAUGUAAGAAGACAGCUCUCCAGUGCACAGGUGCAGACAAUCAACACACUGCUGUGAUUCAUGCCGUGUGUGGGCUGUCGGGAAAAAAGGUGGUUACUUAGCAUAAGAUAAACCAGCAGAUGAUGUAUACCUGAAACUUCUUUCAGUGUUUGGUCAACUCCUGUUGGACCACAAACAGCUUUCCAUUUUUUGAUAGAAAAGGAGAAGGCAGGAAGCAGAUGCUCUGAGUGUUCACCAUGCCUCGGAACCGUGCAUUUUCUGAGCCGGAGUACUCGGCAGAGUAUUCAGCGGACUGCUCUGUGACGCUGCCAUCGGACCCCGGGCAGGCAGUGGGGCGAACACAUGAGGUCACGGUUCGGAGCUCAGGAUGCUGCCUCUGUCUGCCGCGGUUCAUGCGCCUCACCUUUGCACCCGAGUCUCUGGAGAACCUCUACCAGACUUACUUCAGACGGCAGAGACACGAAACCCUACUGGUGCUCGUCGUGUUCGCCGCCCUCUUUGACAGCUACAUCAUCGUCAUGUGUGCAGUGGUUUACACCUCUGACAAGCUGGCUUCUGUUUUAGUAGCAUCAGUGGGACUCACAGCAGAUAUUAUCCUCUAUCUGCUGUGCCGCUUCAGCCUGUUGCCAGACCGCAUUUCGAGACGGGUGGUGCCCUACGCCCUAUGGGUGCUCAUAGCAGCUCAGAUAUUCUGCUACCUGGGUCUGAAUUAUGCUCGCUUCCACCAGGCCAGUGAUACUGUGGGCUGGCAGGCUUUCUUCAGCUUCUCCUUUUUCCUGACUCUGCCUUUGAGGCUGACACCCAUUGUGCUCAUCACUACUGUAUCAUGCGGGGUCCACACUCUGGUACUUGGUGUCACCAUUGCCCAACAGCAGCAGGAGGACAUCCAGGGGGCAGUACUUGGCAGACAGCUGCUGGCCAACAUUGUGAUCUAUGUUUGUGCCAUCACUGUGGGCGUCAUGUCAUACUACAUGGCUGACCGGAAGCAUCGGAAGGCCUUUCUGGAGGCAAGACAGUCACUGGAGGUCAAACUCAACCUGGAGGAGCAGAGCCAGCAACAGGAACGUCUGCUGCUCUCUAUCCUCCCGAAGCACAUAGCUGAUGAGAUGCUUCAGGACAUGAAGAAGGAGCCCAGUCAGAAAGAGAUGCAGCAGUUCAAUACUAUGUACAUGUACAGGCAUGAAAACGUCAGUAUUCUGUUUGCAGACAUUGUGGGCUUCACCCAGCUAUCAUCGUCCUGCAGCGCUCAGGAGCUGGUCAAACUGCUCAAUGAGCUCUUUGCUCGCUUUGACAAACUGGCUGCAAAAUAUCACCAGUUGAGGAUCAAAAUCCUGGGAGACUGCUACUACUGUAUCUGUGGGUUGCCGGACUACAGGGAGGACCAUGCUGCCUGCUCCAUCAUGAUGGGCCUGGCCAUGGUGGAGGCCAUCUCGUACGUCCGAGAGAAAACCCAGACAGAUGUUGACAUGCGGGUUGGAGUACACACUGGCACAGUCCUUGGAGGAGUGCUGGGUCAGAAACGCUGGCAGUAUGACGUCUGGUCCACAGACGUCACUGUGGCCAACAAAAUGGAAGCUGGAGGGAUACCAGGUCGCGUCCAUAUCUCACAGAGCACAGUGGAGUGUCUUCAUGGUGAGUUUAAUGUGGAGCCAGGGAACGGAGGUGACCGCUGUGACUACCUGAAGGAGAGGGGCAUUGAGACCUACCUAGUGGUUGUUCCUAAAGGACCUGUGGGAAAGAAUGGCAUCAACGGUGUAAAGCUGUCUGUAACCUCUUCCAAUGGAAACUCCCCACUGUUAAUCAAAACCACAGAGUGUAAUGGCAGUGCUAACACAGCCUGCACCACACCAGAGGAACCAGAAGAACUGGACACAAGGGUGGUGAAUCCAUCUUUCCCUAACCCUCGAAGAAGGCUGCGGUUACGGGACCUGGCUGAGAGGGUGAUUGAUGCUCAGGAGAACGAACAGGAGCUCAACAAACUGCUCAAUGAGGCUCUGCUGGAGAGAGAGACAGUCCAAGCUUUGAAGGGGAAACACACCAACAGGCUUUCCAUGAGGUUUGUGGAUCCACACCUGGAAACUCGUUACUCUGUGGAGAAGGAGAAACAGAGUGGAGCUGCCUUCUGCUGCUCCUGUGUGGUCCUGUUCUUCACUGCAGCUAUGGAGGCACUCAUAGACCCUUGGCUGAUUGCAAACUACAUCACCUUUGUAGUGGGAGAAAUCCUGCUGCUGAUCCUGACAAUAUGUUCUCUGGCUGCCAUCUUCCCUAGAGUCUUACCCAAGAAGCUGGUGUCUUUCUCCACCUGGAUUGACCACACCCGCUGGGCUCGUAACACCUGGGCCAUGGCAGCCAUCUUUAUCCUCACCAUGGCCGACAUCAUGGAUAUGCUAAGUUGUCUGCCUCGAGUCCCGGGCUCAGGCCGACCCACCAUGGUUCAUUCCUCUACGUCGUCCUCCUCCACUUGGUCUGACCCUGAUGGUUGCCCGGACAACCCCAAAUAUUACAGCUACAUUGCCGUGCUGGCACUGAUGGCUACCACCAUGCUGGUUCAGGUCAGUCACAUGGUCAAGCUCACACUGAUGAUGCUCAUCACUGUGGCCACCGGCAUCGUGAACAUCUACUACUGGAGAGACAUUUUCGACCACUACGACAUGGUCCGAUUCCAGGACUACAGGUCAUACCUGGUGCCCUCCAAGUUCACAAUGACAAUUAUGAUCUUCAUUAUGAUGGUCAGCUUUUAUUAUUUCUCCCGACAUGUGGAGAAACUUGCCAGAACCCUGUUCCUGUGGAAGAUUGAGGUCCAUGAGCAGAAGGAGAAAGUAUAUGAGAUGAGGCGCUGGAAUGAAGCACUGGUGACCAACAUGCUGCCUGAACAUGUGGCUCGACACUUCCUGGGCUCCAAAAAAAGAGAUGAGGAGUUGUACAGCCAGUCGUAUGAUGAGAUUGGAGUCAUGUUUGCCUCAAUCCCAAACUUUUCUGACUUCUACACAGAGGAGAGCAUCAAUAAUGGAGGGAUCGAAUGCUUACGCUUCCUCAAUGAGAUCAUCUCAGACUUUGACAGUCUGCUGGAUGAACCUCAGUUCCGCUGCAUCACAAAAAUUAAAACCAUCGGCAGCACCUACAUGGCAGCAUCAGGUGUCACCCCAGAUGUCAGCAAUGGCUACACCUGCAUGAAGAAGGAGGAGCAGUCUGACAGAGAGCGCUGGCAGCACCUGGCAGAACUGGCAGACUUUGCUCUGGCCAUGAAGGUCACACUCAUGAACAUCAACUACCAGUCAUUCAACAACUUCAUGCUACGGAUUGGUCUGAAUAAGGGUGGAGUGCUAGCGGGAGUGAUCGGAGCCCGCAAACCCCACUAUGAUAUCUGGGGCAACACUGUGAAUGUGGCCAGUCGCAUGGAGUCCACAGGGGUGAUGGGUAACAUCCAGGUGGUGGAGGACUGCUACAACAUCCUCAAGGAGUAUGGCUUCCGCUUUGUGAGGAGGGGGCCCAUCUUUGUGAAGGGGAAAGGGGAGCUGCUUACUUACUUUCUGAAGGGAAGAGACAAACAAGGCUCAUUUAUCAACGGCUCCUCUGUAACUCUGCCACACCAGGUGGUGGACAGUUAAGGACCACACUCACAUAUACACUCCCCAGCAAUCACAUCUAUAGUGUGAUAAAUGCAGAGAGGGGGCAGAGGACUUAACCUGACCUGAACUUUACAGAAAGUUUACAAUUCAAAUUAAAAUACUACUGACACACUUCAUACACACCUGUGACAACCCACCACUCAUUACUGAACACACACAUUAAUUGUCAAUGGAAAGAUAUAUGUGCCAGUAAAGAUUGUAUUUGAAUUUGAAUGUCAUGUUCAAGUUGAUUGAAUUCCACAAAAUUCAAAAUAUGGAUAUUUGAAAGAAUUAACUGAAAGGAAAUUACAAUAAAAGACAGGAGCCCCAAACAUAUAGAUCUAGACACUAUAUAAGAUUAAACAAAUACCAAAAAAAUAAUAGUAAAUAUAAAGUAACUAGGUGGGAUAAGAUGGCUUCAGCAGAGUCAGACUUAAGUGACAUCAUUGUAACCUAGUCUAGUGAUGGCUACAAGUUUUCAUUCAUGUGCAGCUGCUCACAGAAACUCAGAAAUAUAAAAAGCACUUACUUGCAAAUUCUUUGAAUGAAAUCCUGAAUUUGCACCCAAAUGAAUUACUUGUUUGUUGGCCAAUGAAUUAACAUUUCACUAAAUUUAAUUCAAGCCUGAGAUAUCCUGCUAAUUAACAAAUACACUAAUCAAAAACAUAACCCACUUAAUUGAGUGACUUGAAAAUUGAAUGUGAUUACAGGAAUUUCAUUAGUAACUGGAGUAUGGAGUAAGGUAGUCGCCUCUAGCAUAAACAUGCUACAGCCUUCAAAUUUAAAUUCCAAAUUACAUACUACUCACAUUUUCCUGUGACAAAACAAAAGUGAUCUGAAACGGCUUCUCCAGCGUUGUCAACCACACAGAGUGUCACCUCGGAGUGAAAACAGCCCCCAUAGUGGCUAAUACUGCAGAUCUUUCAGGCCUUCAGUUACACAUGCAGCUGCCUCUGCUGCAGCUUAAUCAAAAAUGAGAAAUCAGUUUUAGCAACAUUUUGAAUUAAACACUGCAGCAGAAAAUCAACCUCUUGUGUCCUUUUGUGCAUACUUUAGCCCUUUACUAAAAAAAAACGUUUAAAUACAAUUUUGUAAUUUUGAAAUCCCUACAUGUUAACCUCGUUUUUUUUUUUUUUACAAGUUUUUUUAUUAUAUUUUUAUUUUUGCAUGUGUUUUGUGUGGAUUCCACAUUCAGCAUGAGGAUGACUAAUUCAAAGUGAUAUAAUUUAAAUACAAUGAUGGGCUUUAUCUCUUUCCAGAGAUGUCUCUCAGAUAGAAACAGAAUACUGAUCACUGACACACAUUAGCCCUUUUGCAAACACACCAAUUUUGAUGCCAUCUCCUCAGCACAUUAACACAAAGUGGUUUUAGGACGCCCAGCCUAAUUUAUAGACACUAUUCCCCAUUUCCCAAAUAUUUACAUGUACAGAAGCCUGACACACUGAUCUGAGUUCAGAUUUUCUGUCUUUGAUGAGGAAGAGGAUUUGGAAGUGGACCAAAGAGAGGCAAGAGUGUGAUGAUAAAGAGUGAUCUGUCUCCUGCUGCUGCCUAUGUGUGAUCGUGGGUGUGCAUAGGAGUGUGUGCAUUUGUUAUAGUGUAUUUUUCCACAGUCAAAGUAUUGGUUCUCCUUGAUUCUGAUCUGGGGACAGGUCAGAUCUGUCAGUACUUUGCUCUCCUCUCUGCUCCUGGACCUCAUGCCGCAAACUACACCAUUGGCUUCUAGAUGUUUGUGUGCCUCAGAGCUGUGUUGAACAUGAAGGACAACUGACGUCUAUACUGUCAGUUUUAGGAGAGGGACAGGUGACACGUGGCAGAAAUAUUUUUCACGCUCAUUGUGGAUUAGUGGAAGUGCCUAUCACGGCUGUGAUCACCAUCUUUUUAUUUAGUUGAACAAUGCAAAGGCCCUCUACAGGCAGUGAAAAGUCUACAUUUCCUUUCACGGUGCUGUGAAAGGGUAAUUCCAGUUAGUUCAAUAAUAGCUAAGAUCUGGAAACCCAGUGGCAUCACCAAAAUGAUGGGCCAAGACACACGAGCAGUCAGUCGAUCAGAGAGGUUGGAAACAAAAUUCUGAGUGUGUCAGACUUAACUGAAAGAGAAAAAGAAGGUUAACAGUAAAAUGUCUGUUUUAAACAUCCAUCACACAUUACAGACUCAAUUCCUGCUUCUUCUGUUCUUACUGUACAGUGAGUUAUUAUUAGCAACAUUUCAGGUGCACUCAGUUUGAUCUCCUAAUAAAGUGUUCAAGUUAAUCUUGAUAAGCCGUUGGUUUGUUCCCAACCGGACUGAUCGUCUGACUGCUCAUGUUUCUUGACAAAUUAGACCUAUUUUAGUUAUGUCACUGUGACAUAUGAGCUCAGAAAUUAAUUUGGUGCUUACAAUGUUAGAAAAACGACAAAGGAUGCAUGCUGUAAUAAACUGGAAUUUUCCUUUGACUGCAUGAUGAUCAUGUGGAAAAGAAGGCUGUUGGUAAUAACAAAAGAAUUUUAAGUAUAUUGAAAAAGUGAUUUAUUUCAUCAUGUAAAAUGACAACAGCAACAAAAAGUUGAAUUUGUUUCAGCCUUUCCAUGUUGUUUGCACUAGAUGUGGAUAAACCCCAUUUCCACCAUAUAGUAACAUGUGAUCUGCAGCUGCAUAAUGAUAUCUGAUUAUUAGGCCUUUGCAUUUUCACCUGGAAUUAAUUUAUAUUUAUUUCAACUCUGACUACUCUGUGGUCGGAUCUCAACACAUAAUUUAGGUUCGUGAGGCUGCUGACUCUCUGCAGCAGAAAGUAGUUUUCAGUUUUGCUUUGACAGUGCUAUUAUGCAGUGUUUCAUGAACAAGUGUCAUCUACUUUUAAACAACUUCUUGAGAAAGUAUGCUACAAGCUGCCUAUAGCUUUUUACCAGGCAGCUUUAAAUAGGAUUCAGAGGCAUGAUAAGGGUAAGGUGACCUUUCAACUUGUUGGGCCAAACUAUACAGAUAUAACAUUUGUAUAGUUUGGUACACCUGGCUGAGAUCUGACCACAAUGUGAGCCAAAUACUAUGUGCAUCUACACCUGCAUUGACAUGUUUUCAAUGAUCCAGAUAAGGUGUCCAGAUACAGAUCUCAUGUUAGUACCAGGCAGAAAUGAGGUCUCACUUUUCUAGUGAUUUCUGGCCUGAAGUUGGCUGUCAUCUGUGUGUCUUUUUAGUCUUUGCACUGACCCUAAGAGACCUGGACAGAUAAAAGAAUUGAAAUCACUUGAAUCCGUGUGGCUAUGUGGACACAGACAUUCUAAUAUACUCUUAAGAGGACACGUCCUCUCACUGCUUCAGCAGGUCUCACCUCCAACUGAAUCAUCUUGGUCCCUCUACCCAAGGUGGAAGUAAAGUGGAAAAGCUUGACGCAGCAGAUCAGGCACACGGGAAAAGUGUGUCAAGUGUCACUUGAAGCUUACCAAAAAAAAAAACAACUAAAAACUGUGCCAAUUGUAUGACAUUUUGGACCAGUUGCAGACAAACAGUGUAUUGAUAGGUGGCAAACAAGACUGGGCAAAAACUAUCAGUAGUUCUAACAAGUCAGUCUGCUCACCUGCACAGCCUGAAGCCCAGCAUGGGGCUUCUUUUUAGUCACAAACCUGUCUUUUUGCUUGUGACAACACACCAAAUUUGAUUGCAUUUGAGGAACUUCAGACAUUACUCCCCCUAAAGUUUGUAUUUAAGAUGUACUAGGCUUUGACAUGACAGCAUUGUCAUGCAGGAGAAUGAGCACACCCACUUGGCGGGAAGCAGUUGUACUGUAUUUGAGUUUUGAGGAAAGUAUUUAGGGAGCCACUGCUCUUUCCUCUGCUGAUUGUAAAACCCAUUAGUGUCUUUGUAGAAUGGGAUGAAAGUGCAAUAGUUUCUUCUUCUACAAUCCUGAUGCUCUCCUCUCUUAAGGAAAAGUUCAAUCAUUCUUUCCCCUUUAAUUCAUAUUUUUAUAAUAUAAUGUUUUGUUCUAUUUAAAGAAAGGGAAAGAGGACUGAACAUGUCCUCAUUGUAUAUAGAUUUCAGAUUUGUUUAUUGGAAAUGACAGGGACAUUGUCUUUUUCUUACAGAGAUGUGAAAAUGCCAAUGAUAAAGGAAUGGCUUUAGAUGUAAAAGCUAAAACAUGGACCACAGCUGUUUCCUUAUUUGUAUUUUAAAAGAAUCUCAGGCUUGGGAACAAAAUAGCACUUUGAAUAGUAUGUCAACUCUGCAUGAUUCCAGGUUUUGGUUGCAACCAAAUUUUUGAGCUAAGUACCUACACAAGAACACUGAAAUGCCAUCUGGAGAGCCCUCGCCAGCAGGGCCAGCUGGUGGAGUCAAAAAGCAACCAAAUUCCUCAAUCCUGUGGUUCUAGUUGUUACUUUUCCAGUUCUGUACAAAUUCAAUUAAAACUUUGAUUCCUCUUAAAAAAAAGUUUUUGAUUGAAUUAGACAUAUUGUGGGUCUGCUUAGCCUGGUCUGAGCAGUUGAUCCUUAUCCUGGUUUUUAAGUUGAAGAAUUUCUCAGUCAGUGUACCGUCUUUCAUUUCAGUUGUUUGUCAUCAUAAGGUGAGUUGAUUAAAGAAAUCUAAUAAA